UUAAUUUCGGCCUGCUAUAAAAGGAAAAACUAAAACUAGGGUUUCAGAGAAAGAGGACGAGAGCAUCAGGUGCAGGAACACGAAGCAGCAGCGAUGGCGAGAAUCAAGGUUCACGAGCUGAGGAACAAAAACAAGUCGGAGCUGCUUGCUCAGUUGAAGGAUCUGAAGGCGGAGCUUGCCCUCCUCCGUGUCGCUAAGGUCACCGGAGGUGCUCCUAACAAGCUCUCCAAAAUCAAGGUGGUAAGGCUGUCAAUUGCACAGGUUUUGACUGUGAUCUCACAGAAGCAGAAGGCUGUGCUAAGGGAAGCAUACAAGAACAAGAAGUACUUGCCGCUUGACCUCCGCCCCAAGAAGACCAGAGCUAUUCGCCGACGUCUAACUAAGCACCAGGCCUCUUUGAAGACUGAGAGACAAAAGAAGGAGAUGUACUUCCCAUUGCGAAAGUAUGCUAUUAAAGUGUAGGAUACAACCUACUAGGAUUCCAUGUCUCUUCUCAAUAUCAAAAUUUUCAGGUAGAGAUGAGUUUUGUCAGUUUGUUUUGUUGGGUUUGAUGAGGAAAAUGUUCACCUUUAGCUUGUUAUUUUUAACUUCUAUGCACUGCAAUCUUCAUUACAUUUUAUUAUUGGAUCAUACGAAAAUGCAUCAACCUUUCAUUAUUUGA